UACCCAACCCAUUAUCAAUGGGUCUACUUGGGUUUGGGUAUAAUUACCCAUGGGUGGGUAAUUUGCCAUCCCUAGUUACAAAUCUUAAAGAAGAUUAGAAAUGAGGUCAAGAAUAAGGGUAAAUGUCACUUUUGGUACUGGGAUUACUAAACCGUGUUAUGUUUAGUCACUAGAAAAAAAUAAUAUCAAUUUUGGUCACUCAAAUUACUAAAACAAGUCACAUUUAGUCACUUUCCCGUUAGCCUCCGUCCAACUUCGGUCACUCGAAUUACUUUUUUUUUUAUGAAUUUCACUCGAAUUACUGAAACAUGUCACAUUUAGUCACUCUCCGUUAAUGUGACAUGUUUCACUAAUUCAAGUGACCAAAAUUGAUAUUAACAUGACAUGAUUUAGUAAUCUCAUUGACCAAAUGUAGCAUUUACCCUUUUAAAUAAAGUUAGAACGAGAAAGUUUGAUAUUAAUGAAAAUUAAGUUAAAUUAUUAGGGCAAAUUUUUGACAGCUCCACCAACUACAACAAUGACUUCAUUUGUAGAAGUUAUGUGAUAUCUCCAAAAGAAAAACUACAACUACAAUUAAAUUACAAUGAAAAUUAAAAAAAAAAACUUGAAAAUUGUGUCUAUUGUAUGGAUAAUUUGUGAUAUUUUUCAAUAUAAUUUGUAUAUGUUUUCCCUUCUCGAUUUGAUUCGCAAUGUCCCUUUUCUUGUAAUAGUGAAUAUUUUUGGGUAUUAUUUAUCAAUGUGGUCAAUUGAUUUCAUAUAGCACUAGUUUACAUUAUUAUUAUUAUAAAUAUAAAAAAUCGCUUUAAUUCAUCAAAUAUGAUUAUAAUACUUACAACACCCUUUAUAAAAACGUUCAUAAAGUGUUCAUGAUGGUUUGAUCACUCACUUAAAACUUCACUACUAUUAUAUAAACACAUAUGACAUCUCAUUUACAAAAUUACCACUGUAUUCAUCCGACGGUUGUGAAACACCCGACUUCCGAUCGGACGACGAUGGCACAUCUUUUUCAAAUGUGGCUAUAGAGAUUUGGGCUCCUCUUACCACCAAGACCACACGAGCUCUUAGGGCCCCCUAAACGCGGCCCAAGUACUUUUUGGGCCGUAGUCCAUAACCAAGGUCCUCGACAGACCCAAAAAAAUCCCUCCUGUUCUGGUCCAGAGCCCAUUAUAUAUAUCAACCUCAAGCAGCACAUACCGCCAAACGACUUCGGCGCGAAACCCUGGAAGCACUAACAGCCGCCAUAGCCAGCAUCUGCCAUUCCCGUCUGAACCAAGGAGGUAACGUAGGUGAUAUUUCUCCUUGUAAAUCGUUCUCUGGUUUCUGUUUCUAUACUAACUGCUUUGUGGGUUUUGAUUGAAGAAAGACCAUGAUCUUCUUUACCUCUUUCGGUCGUCUCCUUUCCCUCUUUAGGGUUUUAAGCUUUUGAUUUGCAAGUCGGAAAAUCGUUGUUUCACGUUUUCUGGGUUCUUGGCCUUUCGUAACUUUGGGCUGUCGAAUUUUUUUAUUUAUUUGAGCUCGUGAAUUUCGGCAACGGCGGUGAUGAACCUAUCAAUCGGAGCCGAGCCCAUGCAGCCCAUGCAGAGUAACCAAAAGCUGCGUGCGCUGCUAGAAUGCAGGGCUUUGUCUUUCUGAUUGUGAACGUUCUGAGCUGUGAACGGUUGGUAGUGUGUUCGUAUAUAUAUGCAGGAUUGUUUAGGGUUUGCAGUGGAAGAUGUUAGUACUGUUCGAGACUCCGGCCGGAUUUGCCCUUUUCAAAGUUCUGGAUGAAGGGAAGCUAUCCAAAGUUGAGGACUUGUGGAAGGAGUUCUCGUCCUCAGACACUGCGAGGAAGGUGGUGAAGCUGAAAGCAUUUGAUAAGUUUGACAACACGGCCGAUGCUCUGGAGGCAGCAACCAAAAUCAGCGACGGCUCAACCACUAAAAGCCUGCGAAGAUUCCUGAAAGCUCACUGCGAAGGCGAGAGAUUGGCAGUGGCUGACUCAAAGCUGGGGAAUGCAAUCAAGGAGAAAUUGAAAAUCGAGUGCGUGCACAACAAUGGUGUCAUGGAGUUGAUGAGAGGAGUGAGGAGCCAGUUGACAGAACUUAUAGCUGGUCUAGGGAGCCAAGAUUUGGCACCAAUGAGCCUCGGUUUGUCUCAUAGCUUGUCCAGAUACAAGCUCAAGUUCAGCCCUGAUAAGGUUGAUACAAUGAUCAUUCACGCUAUUGGCGUGCUUGAUGAUCUCGAUAAGCAGCUUAAUCAGUAUGCAAUGGCGACCAGAGAAUGGUACGGUUGGCAUUUUCCAGAGCUUGCCAAGAUUGUUCAAGACAACAUUGUCUAUGCUAGAGCUGUGAAGUUGAUGGGUUUCCGUGAGAAUGCUGCAAAACUUGAUUUCUCCGAGAUAUUGCCCGAGGAUGUCGAGGAAGCAGUGAAGGAAGCAGCCAAGACAUCGAUGGGGACUGAAAUGGGCGAACACGACAUGGCAAAUAUAAUGCAGCUCUGUGACAAGUUCUUGUCUCUAUCCGAACACAGGCCUCAACUGUACGACUAUCUGAAGAGCAGGAUGAACACCGUCGCGCCUAAUUUGACUGCUCUGGUUGGAGAGCUCGUUGGGGCUCGGCUGAUUGCCCAUGGAGGCAGCUUGAUGAAUCUCGCCAAGCAGGCAGGGAGCACCGUCCAGAUUCUUGGAGCGGAGAAGGCCCUGUUCAGAGCUCUGAAGACUAAGCACGCCACACCCAAAUACGGGUUGAUCUACCAUGCAUCCCUUGUUGGCCAGGCGAUGCCUAAGAUGAAAGGGAAGAUUUCCAGGUCGCUUGCUGCUAAAGCUUCUCUUGCGAUUCGAUGCGAUGCUCUUGGAGACGGACAAGAUAACUCCAUCGGAUUAGAGAAUCGUCUCAAGAUGGAAGCGCGAUUGAGGAGGCUCAAGGGCGAGGAAUUGGGACGUUCUGCAGGUUCGGUUAAGGGGAAGCCGAAGAUUGAGGCUUAUGACAAGGAUAGAAAGAAUGGAGGAGCUGCUGGAAUGAUAACUCCUGCGAAGACCUACAAUCUUUCUGCUGAUGCUGUUCUUGAACAAAAACCGAAAUCGGUUGGAGAGGAGACCGUCGAGAUGAAGAUAAAGUUUGGCGAGGAAGCUCCAGCUACUGAAGGUGCUGAAGAAAUGAAAGCUCUUUCUUUGGACAAGAAGAAGAAGAAGAAAAGGAGCAAAGAUGUGGAAGCUACUGAAGUUACGAAGGGAGAUGUUAAUGGUGAUAAAAAGGAGAAGAAACAAGCUGAAGCUGAACAGAGUGAUGUUGUUGGAGAUGGUAAGAAGAAGAGGAAGAAGAGGAAGCGGUCUCCCGAGCUGGAAGCAGCAGAGAAGCCUACCAGCAAGAAGGAUAAGAAGAAGAAAAAGAAAUAAGAAUGUGAGGACCAUUUUUUACGUAAAGCUUCUCGGAUAGAAAACAUGCUAAGCUAUUGUCAUUACGUUGGUACGUAGGACACCUAAUUUUCAUUUUCAUUAGGGAGAUAUUUGGUGGUAGGGGUGGCUAUACGGUCCGGUUAAAUUGGAACAAAUUGAUCCGGUCCCAGUUUGGUAUUUUCUGGAAUAUAAGGAUCAAAGACUG